AACCUUUUUGUACAUUUUGUAGCCGGUGGUUUGGCUGGAAUCACAGCUGCUUCUGCCACUUAUCCGCUUGAUCUUGUUAGGACUCGUCUUGCUGCUCAGACAAAAGUAAUUUACUACACGGGUAUCUGGCAUACUCUGCGCACUAUCAGCACUGAUGAAGGUAUCUUGGGCCUCUACAAGGGACUCGGAACAACGCUUGUGGGUGUUGGGCCUAGUAUUGCCAUUAGCUUUUCUGUGUAUGAAUCACUGAGAUCUUAUUGGAGGUCAACUAGGCCCCAUGAUUCACCUAUCAUGGUCAGUCUGGCUUGUGGAAGUCUUUCAGGAAUAGCAUCUUCAACAGGUAA